AUGGACAAAUUUAAGCAUAAGAUUGAAAACCUGGAGGAGCAGCUCAAAGAAACCCACAUCGAGGAGAAGGCUUUCCACCUCAAGCACAAAGUUGGCAAGUUCUUCAACAUUGUCAAUCCCAAUCAUCGCCAUGAUGAAGCGCACGAGAAAGCCACCGAUGCCAAACGAACCGCUAUCUCCGAAUCCCACCGCUUCAAGUCGUUCGCGCCGAUCCGUGAGGGUAACAAGGUCAAGUGGUACGUCGAUGCUCUGGACUACAUGUGGGCCGUCUCAAUGGCCCUAGAGGAGGCCAAAGAGACCAUCUACAUUGCCGAUUGGUGGCUGUCUCCUGAAUUGUUCCUCCGGAGACCCCCGUUCAUGGCACAGGAAUGGCGGCUGGAUCAGGUUCUCAAGCGUCGCGCCGAGGCGGGCGUCAAAAUCUACGUGAUUGUGUACAAAGAGGUUCGUUCAGCAUUGACUUGCAACUCCGCUCAUACCAAGCACGCGCUGCGCAAUCUUUGUCCCGAAGGAAGCCCUGGGUACGGAAACAUCAGAGUCCUGCGCCAUCCGGAUCAUAACAUCUUCGAGAACGCAGCUGACAUGACCUUGUACUGGGCGCAUCACGAGAAGUUCAUUGUCAUCGACUACGCAUUGGCAUUCAUCGGAGGUAUUGAUCUGUGUUUUGGAAGAUGGGACGCUCACCAGCAUCCCUUGGCCGACGUCCACCCCUCGAACUUGCGAAACGAGGUCUUCCCCGGACAGGAGUUCAACAACAACAGAAUCAUGGAUUUCCAGAGCGUGGGUGACUGGCAGGCCAACGAACUUAGCAAGGCAGAGUAUGGUCGAAUGCCUUGGCACGACGUUGCCAUGGGUGUGAUGGGCGACUGUGUGUAUGACAUCGCAGAGCACUUUGUCUUGCGGUGGAACUUCAUCAAACGGGACAAGUACAAGCGGGACAACAGUGUGGACUGGCUGAUGCUCGAGGGUCGUACUGGAGACGAUGAAGAUCUUGUUGCGCAAGGCUUUGCACGAGCGCAGAUCGUGCGCAGUAGCGCCGACUGGAGCAGUGGAAUCUUGACUGAACAUAGCAUCCAAAACGCUUACAAGGAGAUCAUCAGCCAGGCUCAGCACUAUGUCUACAUUGAAAAUCAAUUCUUCAUCACUGCUACUGGAGACAAGCAGGCGCCGAUCCUCAACACCAUUGGGCAAUCCAUCGUCGAGGCUGUUGUCAGAGCUGGCAAGGAGGGAAGAAAGUUCCGAGUGAUCAUUGUGAUCCCAGCCAUCCCUGGAUUUGCGGGAGACCUCCGGCAAAAUGAAGCGACAGGCACUCGCGCCAUCAUGGAUUACCAGUACAAGUCGAUCUUGCGCGGUGAACACUCGAUUUUCGGCCAGAUCGCCGCCCAAGGCGUGAACCCCAGAGCCCACACCACCAUGCUCAACGGCGGCAACAUGUCCGAUGAGCCGUGGGAAGGCGAUCCCGAGGCCGAGAAGGAGAACUUUAUCCAGGAAGAGCUCUACGUGCAUGGAAAGGUGUGCAUUGUCGAUGACCGAGUUGUCAUUUGUGGAAGUGCCAACAUCAACGACAGGUCCCAACUUGGCUACCAUGACAGCGAGCUUGCUAUUGUUGUUGAAGACGAAGACCUCAUCGGCAGCAUCAUGGAUGGCAAACCGUACAAGGCCGCCCGUGUCGCUGCCACUCUCCGUCGCCAGCUCUGGCGGGAGCACCUUGGCCUCCUCCCCGCUCAGCACUAUGACGCUUCUGAAGACCCGAACGCAAAGCCCCCCUACAUGUGCAUGAACCACAUUUUGGAGGGGCCCGAAGACGACUUCGUCACCGAUCCCAUGAGCGACGAGCUCUGGGAGAUGUGGACCGGCCGCGCCACUGUCAACACCGACAUGUACCGCAUGCUAUUCCGCGCCGACCCCGACGACAAUAUCCGCACGUUCGAUGACUACGACAAAUUCUGUCCUCGCGGCAAUAAGCAAGGUCACUUGUUCGACCCCUACCAGCCGGUCGAGGAAAUCCGAGAGAAGCUGGAUAAAAUCAAGGGCCAUCUGGUCUGGAUGCCACUGGAGUUCUUGAAGGAUGCCAACAUGGCCGAGCCUGGAUUGGCGGUGAAUCAGAUCACAGAGGUGAUACUACCUACCUCCCGAUAUUUUGCCCAACUCAACCCAACCUCCCGGGAUCCCAGGAUAGUAGGCAAAGUACAUACAGCCACACCCACAAGCAUGUCCCAAGUACCCAGUGAAUUAGACAAUAUCUCCAAAGUAGAAGAAUUCCUGAACUCUAAAGUUCAAGGGAUGUUUUAUCCGGACACUACCCCCCCUUCUCUCUCUCUCUCUCUCCCCGCGCAUCGCCCUAUUUCCCAGUUCGUAGUUAGUUACCUGAUAGCCCCGUUCAUGUAUACGAUCCUAGUUAUAACCAUGAAGACUAAUAGAAGUAUGUGGAUAUUAACUAGUUACUACCUUCCCUAA